AGUGAAUUUGGAACUUGCCGUGACGAACUAUAGAGAUUCACCAUGUCGCUGGCUGAUGAAUUGUUGGCAGACUUUGAGGAUGAUGAUGUUGAACACAAUGCAGGAGAUGAGGAGAUGGACAUCAUUGCCGAGGUUGAUGAAGUUGUUCCUGAGGUAGAUUACAAGAGUAAAGAAUCUGUAAAACACAUUGCCAAACUCCGCGAUGGACCUGACCUGGCACGCAUCAUGACAGAAAUAAAGAAAUAUGCAGGUCAACCAUGCAGGGAGAAAGUUGCUGGUCCUGUAGAAGCAGACCCUGAGUAUCAGCUGAUUGUGGAGGCGAACAACAUCACAGUGGAAAUUGACAAUGAGAUCAACGUGAUUCACAAGUUUACAAGAGACCAUUACUCCAAGAGAUUUCCUGAGCUCGAGUCCCUAGUCCCCACACCCCUAGAAUACAUUAGAACUGUACAGGAACUUGGAAACAAUAUUCUUGAGAACUCCAAAAGUAAUGAAGUGUUGCAAGAGAUUUUGACUCCAGCCACAAUAAUGGUGGUCAGUGUAACAGCAUCUACUACACAGGGCUCAGAGUUGUCUCCUGAAGAAUUGGCUGUCGUUAAUGAAGCCUGCAAAAUGGCAGUGGACCUCACGGAGUGUAAAGCUAAGAUCUUUGAAUAUGUGGAAUCUCGUAUGUCCUUCAUAGCUCCUAAUCUGUCAAUCAUUGUAGGAGCCUCCAUAGCAGCAAAACUUAUGGGAAUUGCUGGUGGCUUGACCAAUUUAUCCAAAAUGCCAGCAUGUAAUAUACAGAUUCUUGGAGCUCAGAAACGAACCUUAUCUGGUUUCUCCACGGCUGCCGUUCUCCCUCAUACUGGGCAUGUUUAUUACAGUGAUAUCGUACAGAAAACUCCCCCGGACUUGAGAAAGAAGGCAGCUCGCCUGGUGGCUGCUAAGUGUACUCUGGCUGCCCGUGUGGACAGUUUCCAUGAGAGUGUGGACGGAGCUAUUGGGGACAGCCUGAGGGCAGAGAUAGAACAGAAACUGGACAAAUUACAAGAACCACCCCCUGUCAAAACUGUGAAGCCCCUCCCAGCCCCCAUAGAACAGUCCCGCAAAAGACGCGGAGGUCGAAGAGCCAGAAAAAUGAAGGAGAGGUUAGGAUUGACAGAGGUCAGAAAGGCAGCCAACAGAAUGAACUUUGGAGAGAUUGAAGAGGAUGCCUAUCAGGACGACCUGGGAUUCUCUUUGGGAGCUCUGGGAAAAUCCCAGUCUGGCAAGAUCCGUGGUCCAGUGGUAGACUCUAAAACCAAGGCUCGAAUCUCUAAAACUCUACAAGCUAAAGUUCAGAAACAGAACAAUGUAUGGGGAGGCAGUACUACUGUAAAGCGACAGAUUGCAGGAACAGCUUCAAGUGUGGCCUUCACCCCAUUACAGGGUCUGGAGAUUGUAAAUCCACAGGCGGCAGAGAGAAAAGUGCAGGCAGCCAACGCUAAAUACUUCUCCAGUACUGCCGGCUUCCACAAACUCAAAAAGGAAGAAACAUGAAACAAAUAAAUGAACCUAAGACAUUUAUAUACUUUACACACUUAACAAUUGGACACAUGUAUGUAUGAGUGACACUUAUUGUAGUGUGCAUAUCAUGCUUGGGAUUUAUUUUACAAGAAUUAUCUCUAAUUACAUGGGAUAGAGACUGAUAAUUGUGACAUUAUACUGACAGAGACAGUCUUGGACUACUGUGUUUGUUAUUCACUCCUUACUUACAGUGUAAUAGUGAAAUAUAAAUCAUUGCUCCCCAGAAAUACAUAUUUUUCAUGUUUUGUGUUUGGAAUCAUUAAUUGUAAUUACAUUAAAUGUAAAACUUAAAAAUAAAUGUCUGUUAUGAGGAAUGUCAAAUAUUUUUAUGUGGAAUGAUUGAAUUGUUCUCUCUCCUGCAUUAUACAUGAACUCGAUCCUUUUAGUAAUUCUUGAGAUAGAAUAUUCAUAAACUUAGUUUAAAAUCAUCAGAUUUGGGUACAAGUGAAUGGCAAGGUUACUUUAUACAUGUAGAGUGAAAACUAACCCAACACCUGUGCUGUCCAUUUCACUGUGAAUUCCUUUUUUUAUUCCCAUUUUACUAUUUUUCAUGUUCUUCAUCUUUUCUCUCAGCGCAUAGCAUAUUUGACAGGUUUCACUGCAUUAGGUAUACUAGUCAUUGAAAUGUAGCAAUGAGGAGGUGAAUUAGUCUUCAAAAUAACAACAAGGAAUCUUUCAAGGUGUUGAAACUAAUGAUAAAGAAAACUUUUUUAAAGAAAAUUUGAUUGAAGGAUUUGGCAAAUAUGCAGGAUGAUUUGGUUGACUCAUUUCUAAUAAACGGUGACAAAGUUGCUA